AUGUUUUUAUUUUUAUAUAUCUCAUUUAUUGUCUGUAAAUUGUUAGUGUUUUGUCCAUUUUUAACAGACGAUGGGCAACGGUUAUUAUCACCGACAUCAAAUGUAGCACAUGUUAUUAACACUGGAGAAUCCUCAAGAGCUCUUCUUGAACUCAUCUCUUCCUUUCGUAAAAUUGCUGGGACUUCCCCUUCGUUUGAUUCUCAUGAUAACUCUCCACACUCGUCUUCUACUGAUUCACUUUCAAAUUUUACUAAUAAUUGGUCACAUUCCUUGCUUAAAGCAGCCAAUGUUAUUUGUGAAAGAAUUACAUCACAACAACAAGCAACAAAUGAUGAGAAAUGUAAAAAGUCUAAUACUAAUGUUAACAAAGGUCGACUGCCGCCUCUUCCACCACCUUCAACGGAUCAGAAAUCUCCUUUUCCAAAUUGGAAGCUUCGCACCCCAAAAUUAUUGAGACGAAGAAAAAGUUCUUGUUUUACUGAGGAAGAGGAGCAAAAGGAAGAUGAACUUAAUAAAAAAUCGGAAAACGUAAAUUCUGAAGUUUUGCCGAAAGAAACUUAUAGAAAGUUUAUUUUCCAAAGUCCACUUAAAGCAGUUAAUAAUCAACAACAUAUUAAAGGAGAGGAAAGAAGAAGCAGAUCUAUUGCUAAAAUACCUACGCCACCAAGAAGUGCAAGUUGUUAUCAAAGUGGGGGAAAAGGGAAUUUGGCUUCUCGAUUUUCCGAGGAUUCUCUUUCUAGAAUUUCUUCCAACAACGAUUCAACACCUCGUAAAAGAAGAGAUUUGAGUGCAUCUGGAAUAUUUACAAAUUGUCAACAACAAAAAUUGCCUCAUUGCAGAAAUCGUUCUCUUUCUCGUUCAAACAGUCCUUCACGUCUUUAUGAAAGAUUAACACGUGGAAUGCUUGGAUAUGGAGGUGGAGAUUUGUUACGAUCGUUGAGUCCUCUUCCAAAUACAAUGGCAUAUGAUUUAAAGUUAUUUAAAUAUUUAUUAAAAUUUAAAAUUGAAUUAAAUUUUAGAAACAUCGUUAGAAUGACAGAGAUCAAAACAGAUAUUGGAUUUGCUUUAGCUUUUGUUAGAAUUGCUCUCGAGCGAAAACUUCUCUACCAAUACCUGAAAAAGUUACUUUCAAAUACUGAACUUCUCCAAAAAUUAUACAAACGUUCUUCUUUUCUUCGUUGUGACGAUGAACGUGAACAAUUUCUCCUCCAUUUAUUAUCAUUAAAUGCUGUUGACUUUUCUUGCUUUACCAACGCUUUCCCAACAAUAAAAAUGCGUUAUCAAGUUCUAAUGGCGGGCGGCUUAAAUCGUUUCCCAGAUUCUUUUGUUUAUAUUAUGUUAACUGGUUCACUGGGUUCUACUUCACAAAUUUCUCUUCCUGCAAAUAAUACACAAUUUACUUUCGAUUAUAAGAAUUUGGGGAUACUUUCAACUCUUCGUGUUGGCCAUAAAAUUAAUUCGGUACGAGCGACUCAUCGACCAAUUAAAUGGUUUCUGGAUUACGUAAUUGUGCGCAAUUGUGUUACAGCACAAACAUUCCUGUUUCGGUGUCGUCGUUAUUUUGGUCGUGGUGUUGAUGAUGGUGCAUUGGAGCGACUAUUAAUUGCAGAAGCAAUAGUACUUCAGCCAGCUGAUGAAGAUCAAGAAGAAAGAACUGACUCAAAUAGUUUGAAUCAUUCAGACAGUGCAUUUUCUAAUGCUUUUUUGUCUCCGAGAAAGACCAACAAAUAUUACGAAAAUUCGGAUAAUUACUCGAAAAAUAAGCCGAGAGCAAGAAGUCGUUUAAGAUCACCAAGUUCUGAAAGAAGGCUUUUUGGCAUUACUGAUAAUUCCUCUGAUUGUGGUGGUGGAAGGGUUGUGGAUGAAACUUUAGCAUUAGAUACACUCCAAUCAUUAGAACAUAAAGCUGUAAUGGCAGUCAAUGCAUUAAUGAAACAUUUUCUAGAAAAAAAUGAUUGUGGACAACAACAACAAUAUAUUGGAAAUAAUUCAAAACUUAGUCUACUUUUAUGUUCAAAUGAUGGAUUGUUGCCUUGUUUUAAUGAAAUUUUUUCACAUGGAUUGAUACAAAAAAUAUUUCAUCCAACAAUUUAUCCGUGGGAUUAUAUAGAGGAAGUUUUUGUUUGGUUUGUUCAAUUUUUUCGAAGUGGAAAAGCAAAUGAAUUAGCUAGCGAAAUGCGUUCCUUGGUAAUAUAUGCUUAUAAAAUGGUUAAAAAAAUUGGAGCAAAUUCGGUUGUUGGAAAGGAAGGAAAAUUUAAUUCUUUUAUGCUUUUGUGUUUAAGAGAUCAUCUUUUAUGUGGACUUAUCCCUUUAAUUGUACAGACACCAAUUACAACUCAGUUUUACGAACAAAGUGCCUUUAUUCGACAUUCUUCUAAAGUUUCUUAUCUGGUAGAACUUAUAAGAUCCUUGAAAGAUUUUCAAUUUGAUUAUGAACAGUCAUUAACUCUUGGCUUAGUUUUUUGA